GUUUUUGUUUGACAAUCCAGGCAAGCACAGAGCAGAAGGUCAUUAUUGCCACUCAUUGCUUGAUUGUGCUCGCGUGGAAAAAUUCCAAUAUCUUGGAGCUCGCCUGAAAAAUUUACAAAAAUAGGCAAACAAAAAGUUAAAACAGUGGAAGCGAUAACAGUAACAUCGUCGGUUGAAAAUACCUCGAAACAAAAUGGCAAAUUUUGGUGGAAGUUACUUUGGCAAAAACGUACCAGCUAUAGCUGAAAAUUUUCCACACAGGCAAGAAGAGGAAGAAGAAGGAGUAAACUUCUUUCGGAGCUCGAAACAGCAGCAGCUGGGGGGCGAUGGUCUGCAACAGCAGCGCUGCGACAAACCGAUAACGACGAUCUUUUUCGAUAUGGACAAUACGCUGAUUCCGACGCGGAAAGGUGACGCAAAGGCGUGCAGCAAGAUAGCAGAUCUGCUGCUGAACGAACACGACCUGCCCCGGGACCAGGCAGUCGCAAUUAGCAUCACCUUCCUGACGGCGUUACGCCGCUGUCCGGACAAUUCGGAUAUGCCACUGGCCCAGUGGCGCACUCAGCUGUGGAUGGACGCCCUACCCGCCGGUCACAAACAUCUGGCCCAGAAACUGUACUCCCGGUGGUUGGAGUAUCGCACCCGCUAUCUCACCCCCAGUCCGGAGGUCAUUAGCAUGCUUAAAACGCUCCGUCGGCACUAUUUGCUGGGAAUUAUCUCGAAUGGGCCUUCGGCGGCCCAGUGGGAGAAGAUCGACAGGUUGGCUCUGAAUCGUUAUUUCGAUUGUAUUCUCGUUUCCUCAGAUCUGCCAUGGGCGAAGCCGGAACGGAACAUUUUCUAUGCCGCCUGUCACUACCUGGGAGUGCAGCCGGACGAGUGUGCCAUGAUUGGUGAUAAGCUGGAAACCGACGUGCAGGGUGGUAUCGAGACUAAACUGGGCGCCACUAUCUGGCUACCGUUGCCAAAGGAUCUCCGCCUAGGGCAUGAUAAAACCCUAGCCGACCUGGAUGAACACAUUCGACCGGACUUCAUCGUGGAGAGUGUGCUCGAUCUUCCGUCGGUGCUUCCACGGCAACCAGCUUUGCUACGCAGACAUCCACAGCAACAACGUCCUUUGGAUGACAGAAGGAACUCUGAAACGUUUGUGCAGAAGACAACUCGUAACCGUGACGCUAGCUACAACCGAUUCCUGCCGGAUGUUCCGGAUCUAUUCAGCUGUAGUAGUAACUCUUGCGAUAGUAACGGUAGUAUGGAAAGUAACUAAGCUAUAUAGCGGGCCUACUACAGUAUAGAGGAAAAUAUCAUAGCUCUCUUUAGAUGAUUGGUGCCGACACUUGUUGGUAGAAUUUACCGGUUGGAGCACAUUGCGAAGUUUCUAUAUAAUAAUUUUGACAAAUGAGUUUAGAUGCUUUCGAUCGAUCAUGAUAAAUAACCAGAUUAUGACUUGGAAUUAGGCAACUAUAAUUUUAAGUCGGGUUUUCCGUGUUUCGUUUUCUACUUGUCAGUAGUUAACAGCUGACUGGGCUGCUAGUUAGACACUAAAUCUAAAAAUGACACACACUGUUCGUGUACGUUUGAAACAAUUAAUCGAGUGAACGGGGAAGGAAACUAUAAUUUAGAAACUGGCAGUGUCUUCUAGCUUUUAACUUUAGUUGUCAAUUCAGUAGUCUUGAAACUACAACUUAGCUAUGCGUAGGCAUGGAUUUUAAUGAUGUUUAGGAAAAAAAGUCAGAAGAAUAGCCAGAUCCGAACAAAUCCCCGCCAAUUGAAUAGAGCAGAACUAGGUCAGACUUCCCUUCUCGAAUUGAGUAUCGAAGUACCUGAGAUUAUGUGGUAAACGACAGAAUACUAUACAGAACAGAAAUUUUGUACACUUUGCAAAACCCUUUUCCACCGUUACGUAAGAACAGGUUCUGGCUGGCCAGAAUUGCAUUUUGCCCAAUUGUAUGAUUUGACAAAGCAAAGAAUAAAGAUAACUAUUAUCCUCGAA